AUGGAGGUCGCAUCUGCCGUUCGAUUGCCUUCGCCCGAACCCGAGCUCGAGGCCCACGAUGUCCCGCGCAAACGUGACCGCUCGCCGUUCGAUGGACCGAGUGCCGGACCGUCCAAGAGGAGCAGGAGAGAGGACGACAACGAUGACGGCCACUACAAAAAACGGCCAGGUCGCCGUCCGAUGCCGCAUUCGAAGCCCACGACUGACGAUCUGCCUGACGACGACUCUCGUUUGAAGCUUUUCCAGAAUGCUUUCAGCGCGAAUCGCAAGCUGCCCGUCGAUGAUUCAAAGACACGUGCUGGUGGCGCGUAUAUUCCGCCGGCGCGCUUGCGCGAGAUGCAGAAAUCCAUCACGGAUAAGAAGAGUGCUGAGUUUCAGCGCAUGGCAUGGGAGGCGCUCAAGAAGUCGAUCCAAGGUUUGAUCAACAAGACCAACACGGCCAACAUCAAGAUGAUAGUACCGGAGCUGUUCUCUGAAAACUUGGUGCGCGGACGGGGUCUGUUUUGCAGGGCCAUCAUGAAGGCUCAAGCUGCCAGUUUACCCUUUACGCCCAUCUAUGCAACUAUGGUGGCCAUUGUAAACACCAAACUGCCGCAAGUUGGCGAUCUGCUUGUCAGACGUCUGAUUGUACAAUUCCGAAAGGGCUUUAGGAGGAAUGACAAGGCCGUUGCCCUGUCGAGUACCAUGUUUCUCUCCCAUCUUGUCAACACGCAGGUCGUUCACGAGAUUUUGAUCGCCGAGAUCUUGCUGCUUCUGCUGAACAAGCCUUCGGACGAUUCCGUUGAGAUUGCUGUUGGUAUCAUGAAAGAGGUCGGCGCCUUCCUCGACGAGAUGAAGCCCGCCAUCGCCAACGCCAUCUUCGAUCAGAUGCGCAACAUCUUGCACGAAGCCGACAUUGACAAGCGAACACAAUACAUGGUUGAGGUUCUGUUCGAGGUUCGGCGCACAAAGUACAAGGAUAACCCGGUUGUGAGGGAUGACCUGGAUCUUGUUGAAGAGGAGGAUCAGAUCACCCACAACCUCACGCUCGAGGGAGACUUGAAGGUGGAAGACGGUCUGAACAUCUUCAAGUUCGACCCGGACUAUGAAGCGCAUGAGGAGGAAUAUGCCAAGAUCAAGGCUGAGAUUCUGGGCGAAGAAGAGGGUAGCGAUGAGGACGGAUACACGGAUGAUUCAUCUGAAGAUGAGGAAGACGAGGAGAUAAAAGCAAUGGAUGUCAAGGACCAGACCAACGCGGACCUUGUCAGCUUGCGCCGAACUAUCUACUUGACCAUCAAGAGUAGUGGUGGCUUCGAGGAGUGUGUGCACAAGCUUAUGAGGAUAAACUUGCCGCAUGGUUUGGAGAACGAACUCACGACUAUGAUUGUAGAAUGUGCCAGCCAGGAGCGCACCUACGAAAAGUUCUACGGCCAGAUCGCAGAGCGAUUCUGCAAGUUGAACCGGAUGUGGACCGACCUGUUCGAGGAGGCCUUUGCACACUACUACGAGACCAUUCACCGUUUCGAGACCAACCGACUCCGUAUCAUUGCCCACUUAUUUGCCCACUUGUUAGCGUCUGACGGCAUCAACUGGCACGUCUUCCAGGUAAUCAAGAUGACAGAGGAAGACACGACAUCCAGUUCCCGUAUCUUCGUCAAGAUCCUGUUUGAGGAACUUCUAGCCGCACUCGGUCAGAAGGCAGUGGUGGAGCGCUUCAAGGACCCAAUGCUAGAAGACAGUCUCACCGGAAUCUUCCCAACCGACGCAGACGACCAGAGCAAGACACGCUUCUCCAUCAAUUUCUUCACUGCCAUUGGGAUGGGUGUCCUCACAGAGAACAUGCGCGAGUGGCUCAAGAACACCGUAGCCGCAGUCGCAGCCGGAGUUACUCACGAUCUCGUAGCCCAGCCCGCAGACGCCGCGAUGCUUCAAGAUCGCGAUCCAGCUCACGAAGCCGCAGCUAUUCCCGCUCACGUAGCCGCACUCGCAGCUACACGCGGUCUCGAAGCCCCGUCCGCAGACGCCGUGUCCCUCACCAGCUCGCUCCCCUGCGCCCCGUCGUCGCGGUCGCAGCCCUUCAUAUUCGCGCUCUCGUUCACGCUCUCGGGCCUCGCCGCCGCCGCCGAGAAAGAGGCGCGAUGCUAGUUCUCCACCACCACCACGGAGGAGACGUGAGAGCAGUACGCCACCCCCGCCACGAAGGAAGCGUGAUAGUAGUUCUCCACCGCCUAGGAGGAGGCGCGAAAGUAGUUCUCCCCCGCCGGCGAGGAUGAAGAGGGAUAGUAAUAGUCCGCCACCUAGGAGGCGGGAUUGAGAGAGAAUUUGUGUGUCCGGGUGUCAUGGAAUACUCAACAUGCUAGUGUAAAACGGCCACUGUAGUCUGCAGACACGCUUAUCAGGCGCUUACCCACACUGUCAGGUAUUUCAUGACACCCUGGUGUGUGUGUAUGGACGGGUGGAGCAGAGGGGUCAUGGUGUGGGGGAUUUAGCCGGCAAGAGUUUAUUUUAGCUAGAACUACUUCAAUUCACAAAUCAUACUGCCGUG